AUGCCCUGCCUUGGCGCAAAUGAAGGUUUUUAUUUCCACGCAUAUGCUACUGUUGAAGUUCCUCACCACCCAUGGCACGGGCACGUAACCAAGGCUCAAGCCCCUCCUCGAGCUGGCACUAAACAACCUGAAGACCCUAGGGAUGAAUAUGUCACCCAACAGGCCGAACCUGUGGAAGACCUUGAGCUUGUUAGACUCGAUGAUGACAUCCUUGAUCGGCAGGUCCGGAACGACACCUCCCUCUCUCAGGAGCUUUGCUUUGACCUCGUGGCAUUCCUUCGCCUCAACUCCAAGGUCUUCGCCUGGUCUUACAACAAUAUGCCUGACAUAUCACAUGAUAUCAUUUCUCAUAGGCUAAGCAUUAAUCCUGCCGUCCGAACUGUUCGGCAGAAGCGUCGUGCUUUUGACCCAGAGGAGUAUGAGGCCAUGAAGGCGGAGGUGGAUAAGCUGAGCAGCAUUUGA